UUCGACCCCGUCAGAGCAAUUCCAAACCGGCCGACCGUCAUGUCUGGGUACGAAGCUGAGGAAACUAUCAAGCGUAUCAAGAGCCACAAGGGCGUUCAAGCGGUGCUCAUCGUCAACAACGACGGUGUCCCGAUCUACUCGAGCACGAACGACGAAGAGUUCGCAAUCGACCAUGCGGCACUCCUAUCCCAACUCGCGGCCAAGGCGAAGAGCACGAUUCGAACCCUUGAUCCGAGCAACGACAUGACGUUCCUCCGCAUUCGGUCCAAGAAGCACGAGAUCAUGAUCGCACCAGACAAGGAGUACGCCUUGAUUGUGAUCCAAAACCCGAACGCUGGCACGGACCACGAAGUCACAGAUUUGGCGUAAUUGUACACAAAACGUUGCGAUUAGUUAUGAAUUCCCGAUGAUGUGGCGCAAACUCGCGGCCUC